GCCAGAAGUUGGAGGUGAAGUCUUCUUCGGCCAAGCUGUCAGGCAUCGAUGGAGUUCCGAAUCCAUCACUGGGUUUGGGCAAGUUACCGUUGAACCUGGACGCGCUGCCCAACUCGAGUUUCACGAUGGAUAUGCUCGGUGGCAGCGGCAGUCGAUGCCCUCUUCUGAUGCCUUUGGAGACGAUGAUCAAUAACACCAUGGGCCUUCUCACCGGCAUCCUACCAAAUCGAGACGGAGUCCUUAUCAUCAACACCUUGGACGGCCUCGGGAACAAGGUGAGGCCGACCUGCUACGUGAGGGCUCUCUACACGGACUCCGGCCACUACCUGUUUCCGAUCGACGACCCGCAGGCUGGCACUGGUCGCGAGCGAGAUCGACUCAAGCAGGCGGUGAAGGCUUACAUGGCGAAAGUUUUAGAUGAGGACACACCCAAGAGCACCACGACAGUUUUGGAUACGGUACUGAUGGCAAACACAGACAAGGACGACAAGCAGAUCGAGGCCCAUCAGUCACUGGACACCGGCAUCUAUGUACCUGACUCGCAUGGUGGCAUGCACAGCGGGAAGAAGGAGACGCUUGCCUUGUCCAAUACAUUGGACGCCGGCAGCUAUGUACCUGACUCGCAACAAGGUGGCAUGCCCAGCGGGAAGAAGGAGACGAUUGCCUUGUCCAGGACUGGAGCAACGGAGCUGGAUGCAACCAAGAACGAAGAAGCACAGACCUCAGAGAGUAGAAUGAGAGUGAGAUCGGAGGUCUACAAUGCCAUCAGCACCAACACCGACACGAUCUACUUGGACAGCAAGGAUUACUACAGAAGGUGGCGAACUUUCAAAGCAUCAAGAUGGACUGGUGUCAACAUGUGGCCCAAGAAGAUGGACACUAACAAAGCCAAGCAGCUCGACACGGGCUAUCGGGCCAUGCCGGAGGAGUUCUACUUCGAGAGUCAACUACCUGUUGUGACACCCGAGAACCUGGAGAGCUGGAUGGAGCACAUGAGCAUCUUCCAUGUGGACGUACAGGAGCGCAUGUCCGGCAGCAGCAGGUUCUCUCGGCGAGCAUCACUGCAGGGUCUCAUGGUUGGCUUUCCUGUGGACUAUCGAUAUGGCUGGGACAUGUCUGACAAGCACCACCAGAGGUUGCUGAGCACUUUUCGCGGCAAAUGCCACAUCGGCACAACCUUGUGGGCACCUACCUGUCAGCCAUGGUCCAUUGCCAGCAGACACAAGGAUCCGGCUGCUCUGGAAAGCGAGAGAAGAUCACAGGCACCAGCUAUCAUCUUCAUGCUGAAUGAUAUCAAACAGACAGCGGACACCGAGCAGCAGCAUAUCGUUGAGAAUCCACACAACAGCGAUUUCUGGAGCAAGUCUGACUACACAGGCGUGGUCGACAUGAACAUCGUGAGGAGCUACGCGGCAGACCAGUGCUCAUUCGGUGCGACCAACGAGCUCGGUGAACCAAUUCGGAAACGGACACGACUGGAUUCUACAUUUUCCCUGAGAGCGAGCACGCGACAUUGCAGAUGCAAGGUGCCUCACGGACACUUGACUGGCGCAGUCGACGGCAUCAAGCGCACAGCCAAGGCGGCAGUCUAUCCAAAGAAUUUCUGUGAUGCCAUUGUGAAGGACAUCAUCAGGGUCGUGAGGCACCAGAUUCACUGGGGGUGCGAGAGGUGCCGGCUCGGCAACAAGACGGACGCAGAUCACACUCGCAAGCCGGGCAACUGCAGGAUGGCACCGCGCAAGGAGAAGAACCUCAACCUGUACCGGGAGCUCCGGGUGUUGAGAAAGCGGAUCACGAGCAAGCAAAGGGUGGAGGAGCCAGGGAUUGCUAUGAAGAAGUGGUACGACGUCAAGCCCAACUUCGAUCUCAGCAAGAUGGUCUCUCGCCUGAAGGAGGCUACCGACAAGAAGGAGAUCUUACGGUUGUUGCUGGGUUUUCACAUCAGGUUCCGGCACGCGCCCGUGCCGGACAUGGUGAUAUUCCUCAAGAGUGCAGAGUGCUGGAACAAGACGCUGGCCGCAGUUAUCACAAUGGUCUGUCUGGCCUGUUCUGUGCGCAGGGACUUGGCCAGACCUUUCACAAAACCACGAGCUGGAAUCACAGUACCACUACGCUUCAACCACAGAGUUCAGCUAGACUUGUUUUUCAUGUGGGACAAGGUGUGGCUUCUGGUCAUAGACGAACUAUCCAGAUACAAAGUGGCGGACAUCGUCGCAGAUCGCACGCCCAAGGAGCUACUGACUACUUUGAUGAGGUCAUGGAUCAGAUAUUUCGGGCCCGUGCAGAUCAUGGUUCUGGACCAGGAAGGCGGCCUCGUCUCAGAACUUUCUUCCAGGACGUGCGACAAGCUGAACAUCAAGCGACGAUAUGCCGGCACCGACGACCACACAAUGACUGGUCUGGUGGAACGUUGGAUUCAGCUGGUUCGGCUCUGUGCCAUGAAGCUCAAGCGCACUUGCACCACGCAGGGAUUCGAGGUCUCGGACACGGACUUAGUUCAGGAGGCGGCCAUGGUCUCCAACAGUAUGGUCAGCUAUGGAGGUCAGACGGCGACGCAAGUGGUCUUAGGCUUCACACCCAACGACUACUACGACCUCGAGGCCACCACGCUGGACUCCGCGCAGAGCGCCGACGUGAGCUGCCCUGAUCCGUUCGAGGCAGCUGUCAGGCUUCGUCUCCUUGCGAAGUCAGAGAUGGCACGAGCGAUCGUUGAGGACAGAGUUGCACGAGCUAACAGGACACGCGUUCAACAACACGGACCCGAACAGGAGCUGAAGGUCGGAGAGUCCGUCGACAUCUACAGAGUACCAGACCGCAAAGAUCAGCCAGGUUGGCGCGGCCCGGCUGAGCUCGUCAAGAUCUCGGAGGGCACGGCAAUAGUUGUCUGGAACGGAGUACCCUACAUCCUGCCGGUGCGGUACCUCAGGAGACACUUGGUCGGCUUCCUAACUUAUCAGGCAACCAACAUCUCCGAGCUCAAGACGGGCGACCAGCAGAUGCUCAACACCCUGGGCAGGCUGAUGGACAUCGUGGACGGCAGCAUCUAUGGACAGGUGACACGGCUCGGCAGGACAAUCACACAGGAUGGUCAGGUCAAGUGCUCAUUUGAUGCCAAGACACUGGUAAAUCUUCAGCCCUGGAAGUUGAGCAUGAUGACGUACAGAACGAUAUUUCACCUAAAAGGUUUGGACGGCAUCUUGUACGGCACGUCACUACGCAGGGUACCACCACUACAUGCAGUUCGGUUCGGCUUACUUGUCUUGUGGGAACGAAAGGAUCGCUCCAACUACAUGACCUACGAGAUCGACCCGAGCAAGGGCGUGACAGUUGGCAGUCUGGUAAGUUUCAAGUGGGAGAAUACCUCGUUCAUGAUGUACUAUUCGAUACCAUCACAGUUGGACCCCUUCCUGGACGAGCACCACUUGCCAGACAUGAAUGACCUGUCUCGCAUCGAGCCAGUACUCGACGUGAACCGUGACGUUCAUGACAUGAUAAGUUUGCUUCCCGACUUGGACGACUGGAUGGAUCAGGACGUCAUGGCCGACACACAGCCAGUGGAGAAGAGUCAACUGGAUCAG